CAGAAAGCGAAGUAAGAGAGAAAGCAAGAAAACAUAAGAGAAGAUGAAGUAAGCGACAAUGAUCCAAAAAUGGCCAUUCAUAAUUUCAUAUAUCAUUUCUCUCUUUCUUCUUCAUUCUACAAUCUUCAUUCUUCAUUCUUUCUCCUCCAAUUUCUGUUUCCUCUCUCCUUUUCCAUGUAACUUUCCAUCUCCUUCAACUGAAAAAACACCCAUUAACUGAACUUCAUUCUUCUCCAAUGUCUUUCCUCUGUUUCUUCGCUCUUUCCCUUUUGGGAUCCAUCUCCACUCUUCUUCAAAAUGCCAUUGCCUUCAAUGAACUUUAUCCUCAACUCAACGACGAUAUCCUCGGCUUAAUCGUUUUCAAAUCCGACCUUCAAGACCCUUCUUCCGUUCUUUCCUCCUGGAGUGAAGACGAUGACUCCCCUUGUUCUUGGAAGUUCAUUAAAUGCAACCCCAUUAAUGGCAGAGUUUCUGAGGUUUCCAUUGAUGGGUUGGGAUUAUCUGGGAGAAUCGGAAGAGGGCUUGAGAAAUUACAGCAUCUCAAGGUAUUGUCUCUCUCUGGGAAUAAUUUCACUGGGAAUCUUAGUCCUCAGCUUGUUCUUCCUCCUAGUCUCGACAGAGUUAAUUUCAGCGGCAAUAGUUUAUCUGGGCGGAUUCCUGUUUCUCUUAUCUCUAUGUCUUCCAUUAGAUUUCUUGAUUUUUCUGAUAAUCUCUUAUCUGGGCCACUUCCUGAUGAAAUGUUUGUUAAUUGUUCUUCUCUUCAUUAUCUUUCUCUUGCUUCUAAUAUGCUUCAAGGCCCUGUUCCCAACACAUUGCCCACAAGGUGUUUAUAUUUAAACACUCUCAAUCUUUCAACCAAUCAAUUCUCCGGUAGCUUAAAUUUUGCUCCUGGGAUUUGGUCUUUAGCAAGGCUGAGGACAUUAGAUCUCUCAAAAAAUGAUUUCUCUGGUGUUUUACCACAAGGGAUUUCAGCUAUUCAUAAUCUAAAAGAGCUCAAGUUGCAGAACAACCAAUUCUCAGGGCCAUUACCUUCAGACUUGGGAUUAUGCGUCCACUUAGCUACAUUGGAUGUCAGUGGAAACCGUCUCACCGGGCCGCUACCGAACUCAAUGAGGCUCUUAACCUCCUUAACCUUCCUCAAUAUAGGAUUCAACAGUUUUUCAGAUGAGCUCCCACAGUGGAUUGGAAACAUGGGAAGGUUAGAAUACAUGGAUUUCUCAAGCAAUGGCUUCACUGGUAGUCUUCCCUUAACAAUGGGGGGAUUAAGAUCGGUGAAAUACAUGAGUUUUUCAAACAAUAAGCUGACUGGGAACAUCCCAGAGACAUUGAUGGAAUGUUCUGAGCUAUCUGUGAUCAAGCUUGAAGGAAACAGUUUGAAUGGAAGGGUGCCAGAAGGGUUGUUUGAACUGGGGUUAGAGGAGAUGGAUUUGUCUAAGAAUGAGCUGAUUGGUUCAAUUCCAGUGGGAUCAAGUAGGCUAUAUGAGAAGCUGACAAGAAUGGACUUGUCAAGUAACAGAUUAGAAGGGAACUUUCCAGCAGAAAUGGGGUUGUAUAGAAAUUUGAGGUACUUGAAUCUGUCAUGGAAUGAGUUUAAGGCAAAGAUUCCACCAGAAAUGGGGUUGUUUGAGAAUCUGAAUGUGUUAGAUAUUAGAAGCAGUGAUUUGUAUGGUUCAAUUCCUGGAGAAUUGUGUGAUUCUGGGAGUUUGAAGAUUCUUCAACUUGAUGGAAACUCUCUGGUUGGUCCAAUUCCUGAUGAGAUUGGGAAUUGUCUCUCACUUUACUUGCUGAGUUUAUCCCACAACAAUCUAAGUGGAGAAAUUCCCAAGUCAAUCUCCAAACUAAGCAAGUUAGAGAUUCUAAGACUUGAAUCAAAUGAACUAAGUGGAGAAAUACCUCAAGAGCUUGGAAUUCUUCAAAACCUACUAGCUGUUAAUAUUUCAUACAAUAUGUUAACAGGCAGACUUCCUGUUGGUGGCAUUUUUCCAAGCUUAGAUCAAAGUGCUUUGCAAGGAAACCUAGGCCUUUGCUCCCCUUUACUUAAAGGACCUUGCAAAAUGAAUGUCCCUAAGCCCCUUGUUCUUGAUCCCAAUGCCUAUCCCAAUCAAAUGGGUGGCCAAAGCAGCAGAAACAGACCUUCACAAUUAUCUAAUCAUUCCUCACAUCAUGUUUUCUUCAGUGUCUCUGCCAUUGUUGCCAUCUCUGCUGCCACUUUGAUUGCCCUUGGGGUGCUUGUAAUCACCUUGCUCAAUGUCUCUGCUCGGAGGAGAUCGCUUGCGUUUGUCGACAAUGCGUUGGAAAGCUGUUCGAGCUCUUCGAAAUCAGGGACAGUCACUGCUGGUAAGCUUAUUUUGUUUGAUUCAAACUCAAAGGCAUCGUUGAAUUGGGUUAGUAACCAUGAAGCCUUGCUGAAUAAGGCCUCUGAGAUUGGUGGUGGAGUUUUCGGAACGGUUUAUAAGGUUUCAUUGGGAGAUGGAGGAGAUGUAGCUAUGAAGAAGCUUGUGAAAUCAGACAUUAUUCAAAAUCCGGAAGAUUUUGACCGGGAAAUCCGAGUUUUGGGGAAGGUUAAACACCCUAAUUUGAUCAGCUUAAAGGGUUAUUAUUGGACUGUUCAAACUCAGCUAUUGGUAAUGGAGUAUGCUAACAAUGGAAGUCUUCAAACUCAACUCCAUGGAAGACUUCCUUCAGCUCCACCAUUGUCUUGGGAUAACAGGUUCAAGAUUGUGCUUGGGACAGCCAAAGGACUAGCACAUUUACACCACUCAUUCCGCCCGCCAAUCGUUCACUACAAUCUAAAGCCAACCAACAUCCUCCUCGAUGAAAACUUCAACCCAAAGAUCUCUGAUUACGGGCUCGCAAGACUCCUAACAAAGCUUGACAAGCACGUCAUGAACAACAGAUUCCAAAGUGCAUUGGGAUACGUCGCACCGGAACUAGCAUGCCAGAGCAUAAGGGUGAAUGAGAAAUGCGACGUACACGGUUUUGGGGUGAUGAUUCUAGAGAUCGUGACGGGACGAAGGCCGGUGGAGUAUGGAGAAGACAAUGUGGUUAUAUUGACAGACCAUGUGAGGUAUUUGCUUGAGAGAGGUAAUGUGUUGGAUUGUGUUGAUCCAAGUAUGACUCAAUAUUCAGAAGAUGAAGUUGUGCCUAUCCUCAAAUUGGCUUUGGUAUGCACUUCUCAAAUUCCUUCAAGUAGGCCUUCCAUGGCUGAAGUUGUGCAGAUUCUUCAAGUUAUCAAGGCUCCACUUCCUCAAAGAAUAUAAGAUUUUGAGACAACUACUCUCAAUUUCAUUUCUCAUUUUACCUUUGCUUUCAUUCUCUUUUAAUGUGUUCUUAUAAUGGAUUGUUCUUAGUAGCUUUUUUUCAUUCUUUGCGUUCAACAUUUUAGAGGAUGAUGUGAAUUAACUUAGUUUGUAAUUUUCAAGCUUGAAAUAUAAGAUGGCAAAUUCAAAAUAACUAAA